AUGAACACCCUUCUCGAAGCCUUAAGAGCAGUUCCCGCUCAACAGAUGGAUCCUGACGCUCGACAGAGUCAUCAUUUUCAAAUCUUUCAUCGGAUCCAAGUGCCUGAGUUUGAGGGUGGACAAGAUCCCAUGGUAGCUGAAAGGUGGUUGAGGCAGAUAAUGAAAAAUUUCAACACAAUAGGAACACCUGAGGAAUAUCAAGUUACUUUUGCUGUGCCCAAGUUAGAGGGUGGUGCAGUAGAUUGGUGGGAGACCUUGUCCAGGACAAUGGAAACUGAUGGGAUGACUUGGCGAGAAUUUGAGGAAGUUUUCAGGGAACAAUAUUUUAGUCCAUCUCACAGGAGGGCUCUGAUUGGAGUAUUUGAUGGUCUAAGACAAGGGGAUAUAUCAGUGAAUGAAUUUUACAUGAUGUUUGUAGAGCUAUCCUCUUAUGCAUAUCCUGGUGUUGUUGACCAACCCUUGGUGAUUGAACAAUUCAUGCGUCGUUUGAGGCCUGUGAUACGUGGUCCAAUAACCCUUUUGACCUUUAACAACCUGACUGAGUGUGUGACAGCAGCCUUGCGAACUGAGGCUCAUGUAGAAGGGAAUGAGAAGAAGAACACAAGCAGAGGAAGAGGAAAUGACCGAAAGAUGACCAAGAAGAAUCAAGGACAGUGGUCCCAAGGCCAACAAUUUAGUGGGGGUAGCAAUAGUAGUGGUUCAUCUGGAAAGACUCAAAGUGGACCAUACGGGUGUUUCAGUUGUGGUCAACAAGGUCAUAAGAAGAAAGAUUGCCCACAACGACAACAAAGAUUUCAAACAUCUCAUGGAGGACCCAUAGGGAGCUAUGUAGAGUUUACUCCUUUUCAUGGACAGCCUAGGACAAACCAGUCCCAGUCUUCAUCCUAUGGUUUCACACCCCAAUCGGGCCAGCAGUCUUAG